AUGGCAGAUAGUGAGAGGAGAAGUUUGGUGCGGAGCAUCAAGAGAGACCUGCUCACUCUUCCUGAGGACGAACUGAUCCUAUUCGCCAAGUCACUGGGACCCAUGCCCGGAGUGGACCUGUCACGUCUCACGUCAGAGGAUGAGGAGAGUUGUUUCCAGUACAUCAGUGGUGUGAUGAACAAGGGACAUCGAGCCAUGGGCUGCCUCAAGAAACCAUCGCGUCAGGGAAACUGGGACCGGUCUCUGUCAAGGGACAACCAGUGA